AACGGUGUUUUGCAUUUGAGGGAACAUUGAAGGGAAUUCUUUUAGGUGUGAUGAAAAACUGUUUGCCGGGAACUGGGAUUGAUCACACCGUAACGCGUCCCGAUGUUACUGAAAUGUUCAUGCAGUCGCACAGAGUAAUCAAAGGGACUGACAAGAUACUCGCCUAUACAGUUUUGAUUAGCGAAGCUUGCAUGAGCAUGGAUGAACUGCAAGCAUUUAUCAACGCUCUGUGUUAUACCCAUCAGAUAACGAACUCGGCGAUCUCUCUUCCCGAACCUAUUUAUCAGGCCGAUGAAUAGGC